UUUUUAUCCGGAAAACUGGACAACCAUUUACGACUUGCGGGCUGGAUUAAGUAAUAAACAUUUGGGAAACAGAGUAACAUUAUGAGAAGUGACAGAACAGACACACAUUAACAGGAUCCGCUGUGAAUUUAUGGAUGCUUGUUGCUUUUUUUCGGGCACCUCUCUUCCACUGGAGCAAACUUCUUUUGUGUCAUUGUUCAAGCAGAUAUUGCCUGUUGAAAGAAUGAAUACACCGAACUUAUUCUGAACAAGUUGGAGGAAUAGUCGAAGGCUUUUUAUGUGCAGACAAACAGAUGGGACAUGCCAACUUUUUGGAGAUCCCUGUGAGGGCGUCUGGCAUCAUGGACAGCAAACUAGAUCAUUGAGCCAAAGUUCCCUCUCAUCCUGAGCUGUCGGUUCAGACGGUUCUGCAAACAUCGGAGAAUAUCAGCUAGUUAACAAAACGAGGCUGUUGAUCUUACAUUAACAAGAAAAGGUGCCCAAUAAGAGAUAUCUUCAGCCUCACACUUUUCUGCACACUGUUCUGCCGUUUACAGCCAUGAUAUCAAAAUUCUUCCAGAAUUGUUUAUCGCUGGUCCUACUUUUCCCUCUUCUUCAACUGUUGUGGCUGGACAUGCUCAACGCUGCCCCCUCUGGUCCGGAGUCUGACAUCUGCUCCACACUGGUCCAGAGCCGCUUCUUUGGAUUCUUCCUCUCGUCCUCUGUAUUUCCUAGCACACCCUGCUCCUGGACCCUGCAGAACCCCGACCCACGGCGCUACACCAUCUUCAUCAAGGUCACAAAACCAACCAGAGACUGCAUUUCCAGACAGCACCAGACCUUCCAGUUUGACUCCUUCUUGGAGACGACACGAACCUUUCUCGGGAUGGAGAGCUUCGACGAGGUGGUGAAGCUGUGUGAUGCCUCUACCCACGUUGCCUUCCUGGAAGCUGGAAAACAAUUCCUGCAGAUCCGGAAAGGGCUGCCCAGAGCGGGUGCCGGGUCCAGGAAUGGUGAUGGGGAAUUUAAGGUGGAGUAUCUCGUGGUUGGGAAGCGUAACCCCAGCAUGGCUGCCUGUCAAAUGCUGUGCCAAUGGUUGGAGGACUGCCUGACCUACAGUACCUCCAGCCGGCCCUGUGGCAUCAUGCAGACACCAUGCCAAUGUUGGGACCAGCCCCAGCCAGACAAAGACACCAGUGGAUGCUACUUGGAGAACUGCAUCCCUGUUGUGAAAGAAGGAACAGCUGACACUAGCGGUGGCUGGAGUGGGUGGGGCAACUGGGCAGAGUGCAGCAGUGAAUGUGGAGGCGGAGUCCAGACGCGUACACGCACCUGUCAAUCACCACCUGAGGAGGCGUACUUGUGCGAGGGUGUCCUGGAAGAAGGUCGUCCCUGCAACGCUCAGCCAUGCAUCGGCUACAGGCAGUAUUCCUCUAAAGGCAAGGGUUUAAGUCCAGUGAAAUACAAAGGAAUGCAAGAGGCCAUGCUUGGCAGAGGCCGACUUGGCACUCGUAGCCAAUCCCUGCGCUCGGUGGACAGCCGUAAACGAGAGGACUCUGAUAAGACCCGCAGCGGACAGCAGUCAUCCCAAACAGCCGCUCUGAUUACAGUACACGGGUCGUGGGAUGAAUGGACUCCAUGGAGCUUGUGUUCUUCAACGUGCGGCCGUGGGUACAGAGACCGUACCCGCUCCUGCAAGCAGCCACAAUUUGGAGGAAACCCCUGCGACGGUCCAGAGAAACAGACCAAAUUCUGCAACAUUGCUGUAUGCCCAGUGGAUGGCGUGUGGAAUGAGUGGUCCAGCUGGAGUUCCUGUUCCUCGUCCUGUUCAAAUGGAACAAUGCAGCGCACUCGGGAGUGUAAUGGGCCCUCAUAUGGGGGCCUGGAGUGUCAGGGCGAGUGGCGUCAGACAAGAGACUGUUUCCUCCGAGAGUGUCCUGUGGAUGGCCAAUGGCAGCUCUGGAGCUCUUGGGCUGGUUGUACCAAAACAUGUGGUGGAGGAAGCCAGCAAAGACAGAGGGUGUGUUACGGUCCAUUUUUUGGGGGGGAGCCAUGCCCAGGGGACAGAGAGGAAGUUAGACAUUGCAAUGAGAAGAGAUGUCCAGAGCCGCAUGAAAUCUGUGACGAGGAGAAUUUCUCUAACGUAGUGUGGAAGAAAACUCCUGCAGGAGACACUGCAGCUGUCCGCUGCCCUCCGAAUGCUGUAGGACUAAUUCUUCGGCGAUGUUCGUUGGAUGAUGAGGGCAUUGCAUACUGGGAGAACCCAACAUACUUGAAAUGCGUCUCAAAUGACUACCGAAGUAUCCAAACACUGACCAGAGAUCACCUGUCCAAGGCUCAACGAGGGCUUGUGGGAGAUGGGGUCUCUGAAGUCAUGACCAAGCUGAGGGUGAUGUCAAGUGAUGGAACAAGCUACAGCGGAGACCUUCUGGCUAUCAUAGAUGUACUGAAAAACAUGACGGAGAUAUUUAGGAGGUCCUACUACAGCCCCAGUAAUGCAGACAUGAGGAAUUUUGUGCAGUCAGUGAGUAACUUACUGAUGGAAGAAAACAGGGACAGGUGGGAGGAAGUACAACUGCUGGGGCCCAACGUUAAGGAGCUUUUUCGUCUAGUGGAGGACUUUUUGGACGUCAUCAGUCUCCGCAUGAAGGACUUCCAGGAUACUUAUGAGGUCACCGACAAUCUGGUGUUGAGUAUUCACAAGCGGCCUGUCGCAGGAAAUGCAGAUAUCACUUUCCCCAUGAAGGGGUGGAGGGGGAUGGUGGACUGGGCUCGCAACUCUGAGGACAAAGUCAGAGUGGCUAAAGACAUCCUGGUCACUGGAAAACCAGGAGGUUCUGCUGACAGUGAUGCAGUAAACAGCACAGUGCUGAACUCUAAGGUGAUCUCUGUGACAAUCAAACCCAUUCCCAGCUCCCUCUCAACUCCACUAGAGAUUGAGUUCUCACACCUUUACAAUGGUACCACAAACCAAACCUGCAUUUCCUGGGAUGAAAAUGACAGUUCUUCGUUGCUGGGCUCCUGGUCUGCGCGAGGCUGUAGAGCCGUGCCCGUCGACUCCAGCACAACCAAAUGCUUGUGUGACAGACUCUCCACCUUCGCCAUUUUAGCACGCUUCAAUCCCGAUGUGAACAUGGAUAAGACCCAGCUUCCAUCUGUGACUCUGAUCGUGGGCUGCGGGGUCUCGUCCCUCACCCUACUCCUCCUCAUCAUCAUCUAUGUGUCUGUUUGGAGGUACAUCCGCUCAGAACGCUCUGUCAUCCUCAUCAACUUUUGUCUGUCCAUCAUCUCCUCCAAUGCACUCAUACUCAUCGGACAAACUCAGACACGGAACAAGGUUGUUUGUACUCUUGUGGCUGCAUUUCUGCACUUCUUCUUUCUGUCCUCUUUCUGUUGGGUUCUCACGGAGGCAUGGCAGUCUUACAUGGCCGUGACUGGCCGUCUUAAAAACCGCAUCAUACGCAAACGUUUCCUCUGCCUUGGUUGGGGUUUACCUGCUCUCGUUGUAGCAAUUUCUGUUGGAUUCACCAAGGCAAAGGGAUAUGGCACUGUUAACUAUUGCUGGCUGUCUCUGGAAGGCGGACUGUUGUAUGCAUUUGUGGGACCGGCUGCUGCUGUCGUCUUGGUUAACAUGGUUAUCGGGAUUCUGGUUUUUAACAAACUGGUGUCUAAAGAUGGCAUAACUGAUAUGAAACUCAAGGAGAGGGCCGGUCAGAUGACAGUGCCACUGUACAAUAUGACGCUCAAAUGUGCCAAGUGCGGAGUUAUCUCGUCGGCUGACGUUUCCACCACAGCUACCAGUAACGCCAUGGCGUCGCUGUGGAGCUCCUGCGUUGUACUGCCACUGCUGGCUCUCACUUGGAUGUCGGCGGUCCUGGCCAUUACUGACCGCCGUUCAGCCUUGUUUCAGAUCCUUUUUGCCGUCUUUGACUCCCUCGAGGGCUUCGUUAUCGUGAUGGUGCAUUGCAUCCUACGCAGAGAGGUACAAGAGGCAGUAAAGUGUCGUGUUGUUGACCAUCAAGAAGAUGGAAACGGUAACUCUGGUGGAUCUUUCCAGAACGGCCAUGCUCAGCUGAUGACCGACUUUGAAAAGGAUGUGGACAUGGCUUGCCGAUCAGGCACCCUAAAGCGUUCCUCCCAACUAGGUGAGGAGAAGGUAGCUUCACAGCAGAUCACGGUACAGAAAGGCUCCAACUUCAACACCCUUCCUGCCAGCAUGGCAAAGGUCCACCUGCAAAACGUUGCUGACUACGCCAGCCACACUCUCACCAUGCGUCGCGAAAAAAGCGCUAUUGCCGGGGUCAGUACAGAGCUACCCGGAGCCAAAUCUAUUUACAUCUGUGAUGGCGAGCUCUUCAGGCAACUGGAUGGAACCCCGGGAGACAGCAGCGGUCCCGAAGGAGGAGGAGGAGGGUCGGGCCAGGGUUACGUGCUCUUGCCCAACAACAACAACACCCUUAGGCCCACAAAGGGCAGCAAGGAGGACCAAGCCACAAAGUACAACAUCAGCAUCGAACAGUUACCCCAGACCAGGCUCAUCCAUCUGGCCAACCCUGCUGGCACCGAUCCUGUGCCAGGCUUUGGGUUGAAGACCCUGCCCACCGAGCGAGUCAGCAUUUCCUGCUCAGAGAGGGACUCCCCUGUGCAGACAGUGCAGAACAUCUCCGGCGAGUCCCAGAUGACAAACACAUGUGAGCAAGGGGACUCUGGGAACUCUGGCAUGAUGUCUAAGAGUGAGACCAUCUCAACACUGUCUAUGAGCUCUUUGGAGAAGAUCAUGCAUACACGGAAGCGCCACCAGGACAUGUUCCAGGACUUAAACAGGAAACUGCAGCAUGCAGAGAAGGACAGGGAUUCACCCCCAGUGGACGGGAAGACUGGGAAGAGAUGGAGCGUGUCAUCAGGAGGCAGCGAUAAAACCAAUCUUAGUGACAAGCAGCAGACCCCCAGUAAGCGGGCAUGGGAGGGCAUCAGGAAGACCCACUCGCCACCAUCAUGGGUGCGUAAGGAGCUGGAACCUCUACAGGCCUCUCCUCUUGAGAUGCAAGCGGUGGAGUGGGAGAAGGCCAGCGCCACCAUCCCUCUGGUGGGCCAAGAGAUCAUGGACCUGCAGACGGAGGUUUGAGAGACCCCCAGAGCAUUCAGAGAAACAGAACAAACUUUACUCGCAGGGAAAAGGGACAAAGAGAGGGAAUGAGAUUGGAGUGAGAGUGCGGACAAACAAAAGUAUGCAAGAAAGAGAGUGAAAGCAACAUGGCUGUGCAAUUUUUAUUUGUGUUGUAGUUGUUGUUUUUUUUUGUAAUCCUGGAAUAGCCUUUUCCUUAAUGUCAAAGCGAAUCAUAACACUUUCGAAAAUCCAGGUCUGAGCCUGUUGCUAUGGUAAUGAGCUGGCACUACCAAGAACAGCUGAACUGGGCAAGUUGAGUGCUGACCUGGGAUGUUGCCAUGGGAACAUUGGGAGUGACUGACUGAAGGGAAGGACUGGAAUUCAGACUAAGAGCAGAUGAGCCUUAGUGAGUGGCCUUCAAUUUCUUACACACCUGGAUACACACACACACAUAUUUGUGAUCAUGUCCCAUUUAUGGAAGAGUGAGAAGUAGCUCUACGACAGAAAGCUUUCAAACUGUCCGGCAGGAAUCAGGUGAGCUACAUGUCAUUCAAAAUCAAAUUCUUGAAUAUUAUUAGUCUUACCAUCAUCGUUAUUGAUCAGUGUGACACACAACAUGCAUACGCUUGGGGCACUAGAGGCGACGUGAUUGCCCAAAGCCAUUUGACUGUUAACCUGUCUCAAACGCCCUUCUGAGCCAGUACAGCCCACAGCUUAGCCACUGUGCUGUCCCGUGCACCGCACCGACCUGCGGAUCCUUCAAAAGUCAGUCAACAACGUGAGAUUCAGCUUGAAAGCGGGUCGGCGGUCCAGUUGGAGGGAUCAUGUGAACCCACACGUUUUCAUUCGCUUGAUGUUUCCAUCAGAAUCACUGGAGCUGAGAGACCUGAAACAAACUGCUGAGUCUCAGAAUAAGUGCAGAAUCAUGUUUGAAAGAGAAAACGGAGAUGAAUAUGAAUAUAUAAAUAUAUAUAUAUAUAUAUUAUAAAUAGUCUUAUAUAUGAAACUGCAGAGGGGUGUUAUUCUCUGGUUAGGUUGUGGUCGGACACAGAGAAAGCACAAGACUCACUCCUCAGAGUCCUGUUGUACAGCAUUGUAAUUAUUUCCAGAAGAGUUCUACAAAAUGAAUUUUAGCCUAUAAAUAUCUUUCUUACUGUGCUUGGGGAAUAUUGUUAUCCUUAUUAUAGAUAGCAUUGCGAUUCUGAGAUCCCCCCUCCAAAUCUCAUCGGGUUACUGGACUAUAUCAGUGUUCUGUAACAUCAUGUAACGGUGUGUCUUUCGGUAUCACUGACUGUCAUUCCAGAUGAUACGUACUUGCUUGAAUUCCCCACCAUCAACCCCCUGCCCUACUCCUCCUCCUCUUCCUCCUCUUCCUCUCCCUGCUUUUCCACACUCCCUUUUUUAAGUUCACUGGGGUUUCUUUGUUAUUGUACAGUUUUCAGAGCACAAAA